AUGUCCUGGACGCUCCUUGACUCACUUGGGACACUGUUGACCGACGUUCUUAGUGUCCCACCCACGUCGGGGACCCUCCCACUCAAUAUAUACACGCUCGUUGCGUACGUCUUACCAGCGUGUCUGUCUUACUAUGUCGUCGCUGUCCUUGUCAUUCUCCCCGGCACGCGCAUGCUGCGUGUCGCCCUAUGGCCGAUUAUCGUCUUCCUGGCAUUUCGUGUUGUGAUGUUCAUCGACUUUUCAUGCGGAAAUCCUCAAAGGUCAUAUUUAAAUUUUGGUUUUACGAUAGCGAUGUUUUGCAUUGUCUUCCGUACGCUUGAAUGGGCAUUUUUAAGGGACCCACUCCGGCGGCCUGCCAGACAUUCGCCCUCAGUCCUCACUGAUGCACUCGAUCUCGCGACCAACGUUCGCGGCGUUGGGUGGAACUGGUCUAAGGGCCUUCGCUUUUCCCACGACACGCGUCCCACGUCUCGCUCGCGCUUCGCAAUAUACGUCUUUCUCUCCGCCCUCUUCCAUGGUUUCAUAUGCGGCCUACUCCACACUGCUAUACAAGCAUUUGCGCUGGAAGCAAUCACUAACUUACGUUGGGACACGAUCUUUGACGACACACUUCCCCCCCUGAUCCGAUACACCCGAUCCAGUAUCAUAUCCAUUCUCACUGCAUUCGUUCUCUUUGCGAACUUGCAAAUGAACUAUGACAUCGCUACGUUCAUUGGUGUCACAGUGAUCCAACAAAAUCCUGCACAAUGGCCCCCCAUGUUCGAUGAGCCGUGGAAAGCGACCUCGCUGCACGAUUUUUGGAGCCACAGAUGGCAUCAGCUCGCAAGACGGUCAUUUAUCGUGCUUGGGGGGUGGCCUUUAGGGUUCCGGUUCGGACGUGUGGGAUACGUGGUGGGUUCGUUCCUCGCGUCAGGGAUACUCCACGGUGUUGUGGCGGCGAUGCUCAAGCAGAGUGUUGAAUGGUGGACUAUGCUCUUUUCGUUUGGGAUGAUGGCUGUCGGCGUUGUCGUUGAGCAUGUAUUCACACAGACGACGGGCAGGAGAGUGGGUGGGUGGAUCGGAAGAGUUUGGACGAUGGCCUGGUUGUUGGUGUGGGGGAAUUUGAUAGUGGACGGGUUUGCGAGAGCGGGGUUGUUUGUGUCAUCGAGCAUAUUUGGUACCGCAGCCCCGGCAGAGAGAAUCGUGGAGCACUAUGUUACAGGGUUGGAUAGAUGGGCAGUUGUUGUGCAAUGUUCUCCUGCGUUGGAUCAUCUUCUCUUUGCAUCAUAUGCUCGUAAAGUCGGUUCUCGACCAGUAGCAGUCCGAUACGUUGCUCAGCGCGCAGCGCUCAACGGUGGCAUUCAUUGUUAGAUGUUGAGCCCUAGCAAUAUGGAAGCAAACCACCCUGGUAACAGAGAUUCUAACAGAACCACGACAACCUCUAAUGAGGCUUCCUGUGUCGGACAACCAUGUCCAGAUCACAGAACUGACAUCUCCACCAGCAAUAAAGGUGCAAGAAAGAACACCCGACUCGAAUUGAGUUGAACUUGUCAGGGCAUCCUGCGCAGUCGCGAGAGCGUAAUAUUGGUAUCCGGAGACUUCUGCAGGUAAUCGCCUUGAAUUUUAUCUCGUUGAGUCAUCUGCAACAGCAAUCAAUUCGGACGUAUGCCCGUGCGCAUGACACGGUAUUGGAAGCUCGACCAGGCUCCCCUUCCGGAUCGUCGAUGGCCAGUUCCAUCCAUGUAUUCGCUAGUACGGUUUCCUGCAGACACAUAGUUGAGCCCAAGU